CUCUCAUCUUGCACAUACUUUGCUCCUUCACAUUCUUCACACACGGCAUAUCCCAACGAUCGGAUGAUCAUCGCUUGCGCACCACAAAGCGCUUUGGAAGACGGAUUGUGGACACUCUAAAGCGAGCCCUCCUUUUUUGUCAGUGCGUUAAGAUGUCUCGCGUGUCACAGAGCAAGGCCCAGACGGAGGCCAAUGCCAAGAUCCUCCGUGCACUCGUCAAGCAACCGGACAACAAGAUGUGUGCUGAUUGCAAACGAAAUGAUCCGCGAUGGGCUUCAUGGAAUCUUGGCUGCUUCCUUUGCAUUAGAUGCUCAGGAAUUCACAGGAGCAUGGGCACGCAUAUAUCGAAGGUGAAAUCGAUCGACCUCGACAUUUGGACACCGGAGCAGAUGGCUUCGAUCCAGGCAUGGGGAAACAAACGCGCAAAUACAUACUGGGAAGCACAUCUGAAGGCAGGUCAUGCCCCGCCAGAGCACAAAGUGGAGGCAUUCAUCAGGAGCAAGUACGAUUCACGAAGAUGGGCAAAAGAAGGACCGCUGCCUAACGAUCCUUCCGUGCUGGACGGACCCGGUGCGACACCGUCCGCGCCCGUGCCGACGGCAUCCUCUUCCACCAGCCGGUCUGCUGCAGCUGCUCCCCCCCCCAAGGUGUCAGCUAUUGACCUCCUCGGCGGGGAUCCUAGCCCUGCACCAGCAAGCACAAGUACUUCAAAGGUUGCCUCGAACGCGCAGCUCAACAAUUUCCUCGACGACGGCCCGCCACCAGCAUCAAAAGUGCGGUCCCUCGCGAACGUCAGUCCUACCCCUCCCUCUGCUCUGCAUUCGUCAGCGCCGCGGAAGGCUUCAGGCGGUGGAGGUGGCCUGUUCGAUCUAGACUGGAACGACCCCAUUCCUGCAGCUACGAGCCCGACGUCGCCUGGCACGGGUGUUGCAAGUACUACAGCAAACAUCAAAGCCGACAUUCUCUCUCUCUUCUCUGCUCCUCGCGCCGCGCAGUCCACUGCUGCCGUGAGCCCUUCCACCGCCAGGAACAAUAUCAAUGGCACUUUUGGCGGCCUCACGCCCAGCUUUGGACGCCUGGAUCUCGGCUCUUCGACAACCGCUCCUCCACCGCCAGCAGGUGCCGAUCCGUGGGCCGCCGUGCCGGCAGGGCAGCAAUCCAAUGGUAGCCAUGACUCGAUCUGGGGCGACAUGACGAGCGGGAUGGCUGCCCCUGCCAAAGCUGGCACGGGCGGAACAGCGCCGCAGAAAGACGCAUUCGCUGAUAUUUGGGGAGACUUCAAGUGAUCAUAUCAGAAGAUGCUGGGAACAUUGCACGCGGGUUGUAAUGUCAUGCUAAUACGCAGGCAACUCGAGAGAUUUUCUGGGGCCGACGGAAGGCCGUAGAAUACACCGAGUGCUGAAAAAGCAUGAGGAUCACCGCUGCCCCUAGGCUUUGCCAGCAAACCGAGCUGAGAGCAAAGCUACUGCAUUGCAAAGGUCACCAGUUGGCUCACAGCAAUCUGGUGGGAAGAACUUGAGCAGUUUGUUGAACAAGCGUAGACGCUGACGAUACAGCUCCGUCGGCCGGCCUUCUUCGACGUGGGCUGAUCCCGGCACGAUAGAAUCAUUUGCUGCUGCUG